UUAAUUUGAAACCAAAGAACUUACGAGGCGAUCUAUUGAAAAGAUGGCGUAUACCGAUUACAGCUUAAAUUUAAUUCGUUAUUUUAUUCGCAGCAUGUUUUUGUCAAAACCGUCUAUCAAAUUUCGUUUUAUUUAUUAGUCAAGUAAUGUAUAAUAGAAAAUUUGAAAAAGCUCCAUUUUCAACAGACGAGAUAUCUCAUCCAUUCUCCCAUUCAUGAAAGGAUACGGUAGUGUUUCUGACAUACAGUGUUCGUCUGCUAUUUUCGAGUAUCAGUUGGCGCGUUGAUAUAAGUGGCGGAAACUCGUGUUUUUUUUACGUUUGGAUAUAUAUUUUUUCAGUAAAAUGCUUUUAAAGAACGGGUAAAAAUGUGAAACAAAGGAGUAAAAUUGGAUCAUGUUUUUGUUGUGAAUUUAGUGCACAUUUCUUUAAGGGAAUAUAUAAAUAUAUAUUGUAAAACAAAGGAUCGCAAAUAAUAAUCAGAAAAAAAUGGACGAAAAGACCGCAUCUUCUUUGCGGUUGGAGAAACGAUCGAAGGGGUCCAGGAAAUGUAGCCCCUGCUUGAAAGUUGGGGCGUGGCUCGCAGCAUGUGCGAUUUUAGUUGUGGUAGCCAUGGUGAUGGCAAUGACAUUAUGGACGCUCGUGUCGUACAAUCAGACAGUGACUAAGUUGCAAGAGCGUUUACAAAAAUUAGAAACAGAAGUAGAAAAUAGUAAAAAUAAUAUUGAACAUAUUGUAGAAGAAAAAGUAAAUGUUAUAUUAAAAGAGAGAUUCCAGACUUUAGAAGAUUCGCGACGGCGGAAGGAUCCAAAACGGGUUGUAAGACAAACAUGCAGUUGUCCUCAAGGUAGAGGAUUUGUAAUGCGUGGACCUCAGGGACCUAAGGGUGAUCGGGGACUAAAAGGUUCGAAGGGUAACAGGGGUAAAAAGGGUGUGAAGGGAGAACGUGGGUACCCGGGAUUUCCGGGCCCAAUAGGUUUAAAAGGUUCGAUGGGAUUUCCAGGAUUAAAAGGCGGUAAAGGAGAUAUGGGACAAUCCGGGAAAAAAGGAGAAAAAGGUGACCCCGGUCUACCAGGAUAUGAUACCGUAGGACCAAAGUCGGGUCAAAAACGAUCACUUCGAAAAAUUGAUGAUGUCCGAGAUGGCUACGAAGUUGUCCAGCUUCAAAAACCAGCUGUGGAAGUCAUUACCAUAAAGGGCGAACCAGGCGAGCCGGGUAAACCGGGACCUCGUGGACCACCAGGGCCGCCUGGAGAGACUGGUCUGCCAGGGUUUGAUGUAGUGGGACCUCAAGGCCCACCGGGUCCACCAGGCCUACCAGGACCAAAGGGAGAGGACGGAAGACCUGGGGAGCCUGGACGCGAUGGAAGACCUGGAGAUCCUGGAACAGUUGGAGAGAUAGGCCUGCCCGGGUCGCAAGGGCCGCCGGGUAUAGCAGGUCCUAAAGGAGAACCAGGGCUGAAAGGACGCAGAGGGACACGGGGAAAACGCGGUAAGAAGGGCAAAUGUAAAAAAGUAAAAGGUCCCCCGGGUGACGAGGGACCUAAAGGUCCAAAAGGGGACAACGGCCCGCCGGGACCUGAGGGUCCCAGGGGAGAGGUUGGCUCAUCAGGUAACACUGGCAGUCCAGGUCCCCAAGGGCCCCAAGGCAAGCCAGGACCCAAAGGGGAGCCAGGACCCGACGGACCAAUGGGACCGGAUGGACUUAUCGGAUCUCCAGGCCUUCCAGGACCACCAGGUGAGACGAUAGUUUUGGAAGGUGGAAGUGGCGAAGGGGUGAGUACACUCCCAGGGCCUCCCGGGCCACCAGGACCACCGGGUUCGAUGGGACUGCAAGGUCCGCCUGGAAUUAAGGGUGAUCGGGGACUUCUUGGACCAAAGGGAGAACCGGGUUCUAAAGGCGACGAUGGUGAUUUUGGACCAAUGGGAUUGCCGGGAACUGCAGGGCCCAUCGGAAAACAAGGAAGAGCGGGAGAACCUGGAGCUCCGGGGCCACCGGGACCUCCAGGACCAGUAACCUCAGCACUAGAUGGCUCUUGUCAAUGUUCAAAGGGUGAAAAGGGAGACAGAGGACGAGAUGGGAAAAGAGGCAAACGCGGAAGGAAAGGAGAUAAGGGCGAUAGGGGUAUUCCAGGCUUAGACGCCCCAUGUCCUCUUGGCACAGAUGGUCUUCCAAUACCAGGCUGUUAUUACGAAAUGCCAGAUAAGGGUGCGCCCAAUCUGGAUCCCCGGCCAUGUCCGCCUGGAAAGGACGGCCGAGAAGAUUGCUCCCUCCUUGUUAACAGAUAUCCGUGAUGCGUAUAAUUAUAUAGUGAAGACGUCGAUGAUGCGUAGAAACACUGAUUACCUAUGGAAAAGAAUUCCCAGAUAAAAAAAGAAGAAACAUCAUUUAGGUUCACAUCUGUUUUAUUAAGUUUAGUUAUAGACUGGCUAACAGAAACUGUCAAUAUUUUUGCUUGUACAAUAAAAACAAACUUCUUAAAAAAUUUCAGUAUCACAACUAUAGGUUUUUGUUAUUUUACUUGAGGUUCAUCAAAGGAAAUGAUUAAUUUCUCAAACUUCCAAGAAAUGAAAACUGUACCGUUUGUCAGUCGUGUUGGAUCUUAACUAAUUUCACUGUUGUUUGAAACUAACUUUUAUGUAUUUACCAAACAGGAAAACAAUUUUAACGACAAAUGUGGCUUUGGACAAAAUAUUAGAAACCAAAUAAUUCAAAAUAUCUCGCACUAUCACAAUAUGUAAAAGAAAGAAAAUGAUUACGUAGGUUCUGUUAAUUUUUGUUCUGACUUGAAAUAGUAAAUUAAUGCAGAUUGGCAAGUUUUUAUGCGUCAUCGUUGAAGUGUUUUGAGUAAUUCUGAUCAUGUCCUUAUACAAACUGUAUGAUCUGACUGCGCCAUCUAAAGAUCUGUUAUAGUUACGUACUCUGCAAGUUGUAUAUUUUGUAUAUAAAUAAUAUAUGUGUAAAUCUUUGGAAUCACUGUCAUUUUUGUUCAACAUUGGUGAGCAUGACAUACCACAUGUAGCCAUUAUCAUGGUAAUAAUCGGAAAAAAAAUCAUUGUUUUUAUCGUUUGUUUUAUUAUGUCUUCGAAGAAAGUUAAGUGCAUUAGAUAUAAACAGGUACCAUAUAUGUCAUGUUACAAUCUGGCAUCUGAAUUGUUAUUUCUGUUUAAUGUUUUCGUUGCAUGAAACGUUUCAUAUAAAAAGCGUUCUCUUUCAAGACUCUUUCAUAUUCUCGUCGACAUUUUAAAAGCAAAAUAUUAUUUUAUAUCAACAAAUGUACCUGAUGAGUUGAAUGUUGGACGAUAUUUUGUCUGCUUAACAAAAUUUUAUAUAGUGUCAAUACAGUUAAUAACCAAUAACGUCUUAUGAUCAAUCCUGUAAGUUUAGCAAUUUAGAUUAGGUAUGACAUAUAUGGAGUGUUAAAACGAAGUGGAGGUCACAUGUCCUCACACGUAUCGUGUAUCUCAUAUCCAGUUUCACACCAAAAUGGAAACGAAGCGCUACAGCAUCACUUGACAACACACAUGACGUUUUUACGUCAGUAUAACGCAAACUGAUAUUUCGCUUUUAUAAGACAUAUUUUAGCGUCUGUCGACAUCGCGUUGAAUAUACCGUUUCAACGUCAUAUGGCAUAUUUCGAUCAUUAGAACGGUACUUGUUACGUUGGCAGUUGAUUAUGAUUGUAACACCUGUUAUAUAGUUUCACUUUUUUCGCUUUCGUAGAAAGAACCAUUAUUGCCCAGUUAGAAGUUGCCGCCAUCAUAAAAUCAGUCUGAGUAACAUUGCCACGAAUACAGCUCUAACCGAUCUUGGAACAAUUGAAAAUGUCUUUUGGGCACAAAUUUUUAUGCUUGAAUAUAUGCAUUUUGCCAGCUCAGGAAUAUCGAAGUUUAUAACUAAUGUUUUGUUGCUUGCUCCGAGUUUCCGCGGAGCCAUGCGCGGUCCACUGACAAGUUAAUCCUUAUUCACUCAAUAUUUUAAACAAAGUCAUUGACUGUUAAAAGGUUAAGUAAAAAUGGUGGCAGGUUAUGUCUAAGUUGGGGAAUAUGUGUUAGUUCUACUUUUCACGUUGUACUUCUACAUCUAAAACUUGACCAUACUUUGUUUUUGUAUCAUUCUUCCAUUUAUAUGAUUUGUGUCCAAAAAUAAUCAGUUUUGUCAAGAAUUUACUAAGAACAAUUUGAUAUUUAUUCUAUCAGAGUGACCUUCAAUUUGACACCAAAUAUAUAUUUCAGUGAACUUUUCGUUAUUAUAAAAUUACUGUAAAAUACUGUCAAAAAUGUGUAAAUAAUGUAAAUAUUUACAAAAUUACAUUUAUAUGGAAAAUAGCACAAAUGUUUAUUUCGCUACAUUAAUAUAUACUUGGGUAAUAUUAUAUGGUAAUGUUUCAUUCUAUGUUAAGCAGAUUGUUUGUAUAUUUUGUAUUUUGUAAUAAAUCAGUAAAUUCGA